GUAUUUGAUCAUUUGAGACUUGAGUGAGUUGAUUUGUGUCAUUAAUAGUUUUAUUAAAGUAGACAGUAGUGUACCAUCUUCAUUUCUGAAGUUUAUAGAAUUAUGUUAUGGAGUGGUUGUUUAUUUUAGCUUCAGUAGCCGCAUCUUUUAUCGUCGUCAUUUUUUUCAUACUCAUAGGUUGGUGUUUGGUUUGGAAAUUAUAUUUGUCAAAAUUUAAACUUGUCCGGGAACUUAUUUCUCAGCAAACACCUGAAGUUAAUAUUUCUAAUAAAACUCUUUAAGACUCUUUAAGUAACUCUACUGCCAAAAUAUGAAUAUUCGCUGUGCUAAACCAGAUGACUUGAUGAAUAUGCAGCACUGUAAUCUGCUCUGUCUUCCCGAAAAUUAUCAAAUGAAGUAUUACUUCUACCAUGGUUUGUCUUGGCCACAACUAAGUUAUGUGGGAGAGGAUGAAAAAGGAAACAUUGUGGGAUAUGUUUUGGCAAAAAUGGAAGAAGAUUGUGAAGAUAAUCCUCAUGGGCAUAUAACAUCGCUUGCUGUCAAACGAUCUCAUAGACGAUUGGGACUUGCACAAAAAUUAAUGGAUCAAGCAGCUAGAGCGAUGGUAGAAUGUUUUCAGGCCAAAUAUGUAUCAUUGCAUGUGCGAAAAAGUAACAGAGCCGCAUUGAAUUUAUAUACUAAUACAUUAAAAUUUACUAUUUCUGAGAUUGAACCAAAAUAUUAUGCUGAUGGUGAAGAUGCAUAUGCAAUGAAAAAAGACUUAUCACACUUCACAUUGUUGUGUGCCGAUGACGAGAUACCGAGUAGCGACUCUUUGUCUAGUGCUAUGAAAAAAAUUGAAAUUGAUUCUUAAUGAUUUGUAUAUUUUUUUCUUAUAAUAUUAAAAACAAAAAUUUUAAUAUCAAUUUGUUUGAAUACAUUUUUUUUUUAAUUUCACUCUUCUUUAACAGAAUAAUAUUAUAUAUUAAUUAAUUGGUGAACUAUAAAAUAUACAUGACAAAUAAUGUUUAAAUACAUGAAAUGUACUGAAAUUAAUAAUUUUAUCAAAUAAAAAUAAAAAUGUACUGUUUCAUAUAUAGUUAUAUAUUAUAUUACACAACUAAUGUGUGGCUACUUCACAUAUUUCUAUUAAUUUAGAAAUAAUAAACACUAUUUUUUGUUUUAUUUUUAAAUACCUAUAUGAUUGAAUGAUGAAAUAAAAACAAAUUAGUAAGAUUUUUAAAG